CCACCUUCGUCACGACUCUACCUCACGACCUCACGACUCAACCGCACUCGCAACCCUUUUUGUACACUUCUGACGCAUACAAUGGCCGCCGUCAACCCCGCCGCUAACACCACCACCGGCACUACCGCCGGCGUCGCUGCGCCUUCGUAUGGAGCGACCAAUACCGGCGCUGCCCCUGUCGGCACAGGCGCAGGUGUUGGCACAGGCGCAGGCACAGCUCCAGUUGGAACCCGAGCCACAGCAGGCGGCACAGCCGCAGGGGGGCCGGGUGCCUCUGGCUUCCUUCUGUUCAUCCUUGCCUUGUUGCUACCACCCGUCGCCGUGUUCUUCAAAGUAGGACUUCGAGCUGAAUUCUGGAUCAACGUCCUCUUGACCAUACUCGGCUGGAUCCCCGGUAUCCUCCACGCCUGGUGGGUCAUUGCGACGACGAGGACCACUGUGACGUACUAGACGCCUUGUACGGCAACCCAUACCUUCCUCUCUAACGACCGUGACCCGAUGCGAGAUGUAUUCUUAGUGUGAUGAACCCUCCAUAAUGUAGCCAUCCACGUACCGGAAGGAAGACACUUGGUUUAUUGCUCCGUUGAUAUCCCACACUGCCGCGGGACGGAGGGAAUUCUGCGCUCCUGCGCUUCGCAAGGGCCUCGACCGGCGCGAACACCGAUGGUGGGUUGGAACAGGCAAUCUGUGUGUGUCCAGAUAGCCUAAGCCUGCGCUCUCGUCAGCAGCGACGAACAGCCAUGUCCGCGGUUGUGCCCCGUAUUAGCACGCAUUC